AUGGCGAACAGCACUACUCCAGCUCUGAAGGUUUUGACAGCUGCUGGUCCUGCUGGGAGAAGUAGCCCAGAGGGUUCCCAAGUUCUCACUAAAAAGAAACUACAGGAUCUGGUCAGAGAAAUUGAUCCAAAUGAGCAGCUGGAUGAAGACGUGGAGGAGAUGCUGCUGCAAAUUGCUGAUGACUUCAUUGAAAGUGUAGUGACUGCUGCCUGUCAACUGGCACGCCAUCGCAAAUCCAACACCCUGGAGGUGAAAGAUGUUCAGUUACAUCUAGAGCGCCAGUGGAACAUGUGGAUUCCUGGUUACGGCUCAGAUGAGAUACGGCCAUUUAAGAAAGCUUGCACCACAGAGGCACAUAAACAGAGGAUGGCACUGAUCCGCAAGACAACCAAAAAGUAG